UACUUUUCCCUUAGAAAGAAAAUUAUAAAAACAAACCAGCUAUAGAAUAUAUAUUACAGUUUGCACCUAGUUUUAAUUAAAUGCACUAUGCAUUGUCCUAAUUUUAGGCAAUGAAACGAAUCUGAAUCUGAAUCUAAGUUUCUAUUUUAAGAAACUAAGAAACUCAAUUCUUGUGGACUAUUCUACCAAAAAAAUAGCUCAAAUAUACCCUAUAAAAGAUACCAUUUGCUGAUACUUGAACCAACUUUUCAAGUUUUUGUUUCCUUUAAUUUCUCUCUCUAUCAUCCCCUUUCUUUCUAUCAUCCUAUGUACUGUACUUAAGUUUGUCCUCUCUAACUAAUCUUUUUUAUCCUGAAAUUAUAAGUUGAUAAUAUGACAUUAGAUAAUAAUGUCAACAUUGAUGAUUGGUUGCCUGUUACUUCCAAUCGGAACGCAAAAUGGUGGUAUUCAACGUUCCAUAAUGUCACUGCUAUGGUUGGUGCUGGUGUUCUUAGCCUUCCUUUUGCUAUGUCGGAGCUUGGAUGGGGUCCAGGAGUAACAGUGAUGGUAUUGUCAUGGGUAGUGACAUUAUACACCUUAUGGGAGAUGGUGGAGAUGCAUGAGAUGAUUCCAGGGAAGCGAUUUGAUCGUUACCACGAGCUCGGCCAACAUGCAUUUGGAGAGAAGUUGGGGUUGUGGAUUGUAGUUCCACAACAACUCAUCGUUGAAGUGGGCUCAGACAUAGUAUAUAUGGUCACCGGAGGCAAGUCAAUGAAGAAGAUUCAUGAACUAGUAUGCCAUGAUUGCAAACCCAUUAAAUUGACCUACUUCAUCCUCAUCUUUUCUUCCGUUCAUUUUGUUAUAUCACACCUCCCCAAUUUGAACUCGGUGUCUAUCAUCUCCUUAGCGGCUGCUAUUAUGUCCUUGAGUUAUUCUACAAUAGCAUGGGCCGCAUCCCUAGUGAAAGGAGUGAACGAGAAUGUGGAUUACUCUUAUAGAGGCAAAACCCCAACUGCACAAACAAUGAAUUUUUUCACAGCAUUAGGAGAUGUUGCAUUUGCUUUUGCUGGUCACAAUGUAGUGUUGGAGAUUCAAGCUACAAUGCCUUCGAGUCCUGAAAGACCUUCAAAAGAACCAAUGUGGAAGGGUGUAAAGUUCGCGUACAUUGUUGUUGCUAUUUGUUACUUCCCUGUUGCUUGGAUUGGGUAUUACACCUUUGGCAACUCUGUUGAAGAUAAUGUUCUUAUUAGUCUAGAGGAGCCUGUUUGGCUUAUAAUUGCUGCUAAUGUAUUUGUUCUCGUUCAUGUCAUUGGGAGCUACCAGGUAUUUGCCAUGCCAGUAUUUGACAUGUUGGAGACUUUCUUGGUGAAAAAGAUGAAGUUCAAGCCUACCAGCAUCCUUCGCUUCGUCACUCGCAAUGUAUACGUUGCUUUUACAGUGUUUGUUGCCAUUACUUUCCCUUUCUUUGGCGGUCUUCUUGGUUUCUUUGGAGGAUUUGCUUUUGCUCCAACAUCCUAUUUCCUUCCAUGCAUUAUUUGGCUACGAAUUUGCAAGCCCAAAAGAUUUAGCUUUACAUGGUGCACCAAUUGGUUUUGCAUUAUAUUUGGAGGACUCUUGAUGAUGUUGGCACCUAUUGGAGCGCUAAGGAAUAUAAUUCAAACUGCCAAGAACUACGAAUUCUAUUCGUAGUUUUAUAGGCCAACAAUCAGUUGAUGAUAUAUAAGAGCCAACAUAUAUAUUGUUGUGAAGACAUGGUUAACUUAAUUAUGUUAAUUGGUUUAGGAUUUUGAUUGUAUAUAAUGGUUUUUGUUUCUAAAUAAUGAUAGUUUCUAUUAG